AUGUCGUUACUAUCCGAUCUGAUGAACCUUAACCUCUCCCACAUCACCGACAAGACAAGCAUUGCAGUAUGGCAUUCUACUACAUGUUCUUAUGUGGAUGGAUGUACCAGUGCUGCAAUAAUUUUCUUGAUGUACUUGAAUAAUACUGUGUUUGUUUAUACUUAUUAUGACAGGGUUGGGGGAUCUGGUUUGGACAUGAGAAGUAAAGCACGGACUCUUUCAGGUCCGGUUAAUGACCCUUCCAAGCUUCCCAAAUGGAACUAUGAUGGUUCCAGCACUGGUCAAGCUCCUGGAGCAGAUAGUGAAGUGAUCUUACAUCCAAGAGCAAUUUUCAAUGAUCCGUUCAGGAGGGGUAAAAAUAUUCUGGUUAUGUGUGAUACUUACACUGCUGCUGGGGAACCCAUUCCUACCAACAAGAGACAUAACGCAGCAAAGAUAUUUAGCCAUCCUGAUGUUCUUGCUGAAGAACCCUGGUAUGGCAUUGAGCAAGAAUACACCUUGUUGCAGAAAGAUGUCCGUUGGCCACUUGGAUGGCCUAUUGGUGGCUUUCCUGGGCCCCAGGGACCAUACUAUUGUGGUAUUGGUGCUGACAAGGCUUUCGGACGCGAUAUUGUGAACUCUCAUUUCAAAGCCUGCCUUUAUGCAGGCAUUAACAUUACUGGAAUUAAUGGAGAAGUGAUGCCUGAUCAAGGGUUAAUUGACAAUGUCAUUAAUUCAAUAAGGCCUGUUAAGAGUCUAUUGGUGUGGGAAUUCCAAAUUGGUCCAUCCGUUGGCAUCUCUGCGUGUGACGACUUGUGGGUUGCCCGCUACAUUUUGGAGAGGAUCACCGAGAUUGCUGGGGUGGUGCUUUCGUUUGAUCCUCAACCGAUUAAGUCCAUGAGAAAUGAUGGUGGCUUUGAAGUCAUCAAAGAAGCAAUCUCUAAGUUGGAAAAGAGGCACAAGGAGCACAUUGCUGCUUACGGAGAAGGCAAUGAACGUCGUUUGACAGGAAAACAUGAGACAGCUGACAUUAACACCUUUCUAUGGGGUGUUGCAAACCGUGGUGCUUCUAUCAGAGUAGGGAGGGACACAGAGAAGGCAGGGAAGGGAUACUUUGAGGAUAGAAGGCCUGCAUCUAAUAUGGACCCUUAUGUCGACCUACUUAUGGCACGAAGGAAAUCAGAGGCACAGGACUCAAUUGACUAA